AUGGAGAUGAAUUACGAUGAACGGGCCCUUCAUCAGCUCGAGGAGGAGCUGGGGACGGUGAUAUACCCUGGUACCGAGAUCAUGGCAGAUGUUGGCACUCAUCACUUUGUGAAAUCAUCAUCCACUUCCGACCGGGUCUUGGUGCCUCAGCCUUCGCAAGAUCCUCAUGAUCCUUUGAACUGGAACCGAUUCUGGAAGAUGAGCGCCAUGGCGGUAUCAACCUUGACAUCGUUUAGUCAAGGCUUCGGUCCGUUGGCGCUGGCUCCUAUGUUUCCACAGUUGAUGGAAGCGUUCGAAUCCGACUUGGCUUCCGUGGUACAAUUCACUGGAGUUUGUAUUCUGGUUUUGGGCUUCAGUAACUUCUUCUGGAUUCCCAUUCAAACAUCGUAUGGACGGCGACCGGUUUUGAUCUUCUCGACAUUGAUUUGUCUGAUCAGCAAUAUCUGGCGAGCGACGGCCACUAGCUAUGGAAGCUAUAUGGGCGCUUGUGUUCUCAAUGGGUUUGGUGCUGGUCCUGCUGAGACGUCGCAGCCUGAGAUCAUCACCGACAUCAUGUUCCUUCAUGAGCGUGGCGCUUAUAACACAAUGUACUUCACGGCCUAUUUCGGAUCUCUCAUGGUCGGUCCCAUCAUCGCUGGCCCCAUGGCUGAACAUAGUGGCUGGCGCAGUUUCUUCUGGCUGAAUGUCGGCCUCUUGGGUCUCACGCUCCUUCUUCAAAUUUUCCUCUUCCCUGAGACGAAGUGGCAUCGCGCCCAUCCAGACGAGGGAGCUCAAGGGCAACAGCCCUCUGUUCUUGCAAAGAAAGAGUCCGAGACAGAGAAGCCGGUAGAAGUAACACAGCAUGAGAAUGUGAACGCAGAAUCGGGCGACCGUGAUCCGUAUCUGCACAAGGGUACACCGUCGAAGAAGCAGUUCAAGCUCUGGCAACUGGAUGGGAACAACAUCAAGACCGUGCUGAUUGCUUUCUAUAUUCCAUGGAAACUUCUGACCUUUCCCAUUGUGGAGUUAGCUGCUUUCGUCGUAUCGUGGUCAGCUAGUUGUUUCCUUACGCUGAAUCUUACCCAGAGUCAAGCAUUCGCAGAGCCGCCAUAUAACUUCAACAGUCAGACAAUUGGGUUCUUCAAUUUCGCGAUCUUGAUCGGGGCCUUCAUUGGAUUGGCAACCAAUGGUCUUUUGUCGGAUUGGGUUUCCAUGAAGGCCACUCGAAAGAACAGAGGUAUUCGAGAACCAGAGAUGCGUCUGCCGGCGAUGAUUCCGUAUGUAAUUAUCUCGAUCAUUGGCAACUUCAUUGUUGCAUUCGGAUAUGAAUAUAAAUGGGACUGGAAGGUGAUUGUGAUCAUCGGAUAUACUGCAGCUGGAAUUCAAGUCGCAGCCUUGCCAGCCAUCACUAGCACAUACGCAGUUGACAGCUAUAAGCCUGUGGCAGGCUCGAUCUUCGUGUCUAUCACUGUUAACAAGAAUCUCUGGGGCUACGGCUUCAGUAAAUUCAUCACCCCCUGGGUGGAAGAGAGCGGGUUUGUCAAGCCUAUUAUGUUGAACAUGACACUGGCAACCCUGUGGUGUCUCUGCGCCAUCCCCUUCUACUUCUAUGGAAAGAAAUUCAGGGGGUGGACUGCCAAGUCUUCGGUGCACAAGAUGUAA